UCGGAUUUUGUUGUGGCGCGAAAGGGAGAGCCGACUGCGGACAAACGCGCAUCUACGGAAAAAGAGCGAGAGAGAGCCAUCGUAGUGGGAAAGGGAUGGAGGAGCAGUCACUCGGUCUACUGUAGACCAGAGAGAUCAUUCGGUGGCGAAUCGCGUCAUAGAGAGCAGUAAUAAAAAACAAGAAAACACGACAUGAGAAGGAAAGUGAACUGGAUACUACUGACAGGAGUGUUACUACAUAUAUUCUACGAGGCAUUCUGAAAAAUCUGUAACAGAGGACUUUGUUGAUCGCCGCUGAUGUCCGUAGUCAUGGAUUGUUCGGUGUUGUGAUUUGUUUUGUUUCGAUUUUCAAUGUUUUGUGAUAAACACCAGUGCGGUGUAAAGUAACGUUUUGAACGAAUGGAUACACGUUCAUCAAAUUGAAGUGAUUCGUAUUUUUAAUUUACAACAGCAUUCUUUGUUUUCAUAAAAUCAUGCAGUAAAAAAAAAACGUCAACCAUUUGCUCAUCUAAAUUAUUUUUCAAAACAGUGAACGCGAAAGUUUUUUGUUUACCGUCUUAGAAAACGAACUGUUUCGUUUUGUGGGUUAAAAAACCUCGCCGGCGUGUUUCGAGAGUGUUACAUGCCGCUUAGUCCUUCCUUAGAUAUGAAGGUCAUAGCAGGUCACUCGUGUUUUAAGCCUCUAAUUGUUUUAUUCGUUUUCAUUAUAACUGGUGAUUGAAUAUGAAAGGAAACGUUGACUGAACUUUCGACUCUACGGACUCCACGAACUUGGGAAUUUCGAGAUGUCGUGGUGGAUUUAAACUUUAUGAAUCAUUCCAUCAAUUAAAUUCUCAAGCGGAUGUACUCAUGAGAGACUCGAUCGGAAUCAAUGGAUACGACGAAAUAAAGAUUUUUUCUACAUACAAUGUUGCGUGCUCGACUGUGAAAACACGCAACGGAACGAAUGAAAUAGAUUGACCAAGCUCAUGUUCCACGUUGGAUAUAAUGUUGCGUGCUCGACUGUGCAAACACACGACGGAAUGAAUGAAAAGAUUGACCGAAAUCAUAAUCGAGAUUGUGAAUAGUCAAGUUGCGAAUUUCGGAUGAUAUCUUUAAACGAUUUGAUGAAUAAGGGUUAUCAUCGGAUCGCCAUCACCAUAAAAUUGUAUAAACACGUGAUUGACUUUUAGAGCAUCUUUCGAAUUGAAUUUCCGAAGGAAAUAACCGCGACAACUACGAAAUUGAACACGAAUAAUUUCGAUGGAUAUCCAUUGAAACAAGUACUAAAGUGAGAAGCAAUAUUAAUGACUGCCGUGGGAAUAAAGUAGAAACAAUCGUAACCGGGAGGAAAACAUUUAAAAAAUGAGGAAACGACCCGUUUAUGUAUUUUUGUGUGCUACCCUUGCAUUUGUGUUUAUAUUCGUAACGAGUCACGAAUUCGUAACGCGGGUCGCACCCUUUUUUGGCUUCUCCAACGGCCACGAAAUAUCCUGCUAUGUCGAGGCAUCCACGAUGCACGGAGUCCAAGACUUUUAUGCAAGCAACUCCAAGGGAGAGCCAGAGAUGCCGAAGCCCGGGAGGAGCAUAUUUUUUCACGAAACAUCGUGUUUCGGUGACGAAGGAAUAUCACUGACGUCGCGUGAAGCGUGUGCUGUCGAGUCAGCAGCGCUAAUGAACCCGCAAAUGAUGGUUUAUUUAUUGAUCUUAUCCCCAUCGAAAUUGUCCAAUGGGACUAGAGAAAUCGUACAACAGUUGACGAGUUACGAAAAUGUAAGAGUACGAAGAAUACUCAUGGACGAUUACGUCCGAAAUACGCCCCUCGAGGACUGGUACAGCAGCGGUGUUCUCAGAGCCAGUAGAUGGCCCAAAAACCACAUGUCCGAUAUACUCAGAUAUCUCACACUUUGGAAAUUCGGAGGAAUUUAUUUGGACCUCGACGUUGUCGUAACCACAUCUCUGGAUGGGUUAACAAACUUUGCCGGUGCCGAGGACUCGGAGGACGUUGCUGCAGGAGUUUUGAGCUUUGGGACCAAUGGCCUCGGGCGGCAAUUCGCUGAUGCUUGCAUUCGCGAUCUCAAAACAAACUUUCGCGGUGACGUUUGGGGCAACAAUGGACCUGGCGUUAUAACGAGGACUCUUCAAAAAAUUUGCGCCAUUAAAUAUGCCAAGGACAUGACGAAAUCCCGUUGUCACGGUUUCACAGUAUUUUCCCCAUCAGCUUUUUAUCCAAUUGAGUACAAAAAGUGGAAGCAGUAUUUUGAAAAAGACAAUAAAAACGAAACUAUGAAGAAAAUAAACAAAGCCAAAGCAAUACACGUGUGGAACCAAUUCAGUACCAAAGAGAGUGUCAAAAUCGGCAGCGGAGUUCCGUAUGAUAUUGUUGCCAAAAACUAUUGUCCUAAAGUUUACAAACACAGUGGAAGUACAUUGUAAGUCGAGAGAAACAAAAAAACGUACAAAAAGUAUUUCAAACGAUGAAACAAUUAAUGUCAGCUGGUCCGACGUGAUUAUCGUUUCUCACCGUUUAUACAUUCGUGAACUUGUCAGCUCUUUCAUUAGUACUAAGUAAGUGACUACAGAAACGUUCGGUCGAAAAUCGACUUUUAUACUAUGGCAGUGCCAUUUGAGAAGAGCGUGCAAAAUUUUCAAUGCUGGCACAAUGAAUAUCACUGAGAGAAAAAUGAAGUAAAAAAAUAUCAAAACAAUCCUCCGUCAAAAUACAAAUUUUCGGAAUCUUUAAAUACUCGCGUUCAUUUUUUCAUGUCAUUAAUUUAUCUGUCGUCAUUUAAAUUAAUACGAGGGGCACCUCUAAAAGUUGAAUAAAUGCCUACGUAUAAAAUCUACUCGGACGAUAUCUACCAAAGGAAUUUGAACUAACGAAAAAACUCAGGCCUAUAUAAACCUUAACUGAUACUGUGUUGGCAGAAAAUUCACUUUUGGUAACAAAAACUUUUUUAUCGGUUAAUUUUUUUAUCAAAUUUGACGCGUAUAGUUUUUUUAGUGUUUUCUAAAGGCUCCGAAACACUUGCUCAUAACAAAGAUAGCUGUUUCGAGAGAACUGUCAUUUCGUUAAUCGAAGCUGUGAAGUUGAUCUCAAACAAAAAGGUCGAUACAAAUGGUAUAAAGUAUAUAUUUUAAAUGAAAAUUUAAGACUGCGAAUACUAUCGAUUAAACUCUUACACUGAAAGUGAGAAUUUUUUUUAAAUAGCAAUAAGAAUAAAUGGAAUCGAUAUCUUUGGAAAACAUGCCAACGAUUCGUUACAAUGUGUCAUCAAAAUCUUUAACUACUUAUUUCAAUGUUAAUUGUAAUAUUCAAUAAGCAUUUUUUAGUAUUAAAGUACGUAUUUUUUGUGUACGUAUUUUCGAGCUCAGGUCACCCCUCUACAUAAUUAUUUAUCUACGAAAAAUUAUAGACAACUAGAUUGUUUCAAAGUUCAUGACUACAGUGACUGGAAGAAACAAAAUUGCCACAAGUGUGGAUCAACUUUUGUUUUGCAAAACGUAGUUUUACCGAACCCGCCAGAAGUGAUGUACGUCGCUCAUAGAAAGAAUAAUAACAAAAAAGCCCAUCACUGUCAUGAAAUGAGAUGUAGGUUUCUAUCUGAACAAAUAAAAAUUUAUUAAAUAUCUUGA